GUCAUCACCUUUCACGGAAGUCAGAGCUGUGACGAUGGUGGCCUUGUCGGUUUAUCCGCAGGAAGAGAAUAAUGUUUGCUUUCAAUGAAAAAAUAACACCGCGUUAGAAAAGAACAGCCGGUGUAGUUUUCUCUGCGGAACCUGCGGGACCUUGGAGCGCUCAUCGGCGGCCUAAACGGGCGCUGGACAAGAAAAUACAAAAAUGUCCCUCUUCCAGUCGGCACUGGAUUUCUUAGCCGGGCCCGGCUCAUCCGGAGCGGCAAGCCGGGACCAGAACGACUUCGUCGGCCAAGUCGUAGAGCUCGGUGACAUGAAACUGAGGAUCAAGAGGGUGAUUGCUGAAGGGGGCUUUGCCUUCGUGUAUGAAGCCCAGGACAUGAGCAGUGGGAAAGACUACGCUCUGAAGAGGCUUUUGUCCAACGAGGAGGAGAAAAACAAGGAGAUCAUACAGGAAGUCUGCUUCAUGAAAAAGCUGUCCGGUCAUCCAAACAUGGUUCAGUUCUGCUCGGCCGCCUCAAUCAGUAAAGAAGAGUCCGACACGGGGCAGGCCGAGUUCUUGAUCCUCACUGAGCUGUGCAAAGGUCAGUUGGUGGACUUUAUAAAGCGGGUAGAGCAGAAAGCGCCUCUGUUGUGCGACACCGUGCUGAAAAUCUUCUACCAGUCGUGCCGCGCCGUGCAGCACAUGCACAAACAGAAACCUCCAGUCAUCCACAGAGACCUCAAGAUUGAGAACCUCUUGAUUAGUAACCAGGGCACCAUCAAGCUGUGUGACUUUGGCAGCUCCACCACAGUGUCGCAUUAUCCUGACUACAGCUGGUCUGCACAGAAGAGAUCUAUGGUGGAGGAUGAGAUAACCAGGAACACGACUCCAGCGUACAGAACACCCGAGAUGAUCGAUCUUUACUCCAACUUCCCCAUCAACGAGAAGCAAGAUAUCUGGGCACUUGGGUGCAUCCUCUACUUGUUGUGUUUCAAGCAGCAUCCUUUUGAGGACGGAGCCAAACUGCAGAUUGUCAACGGAAAAUAUUCCAUCCCUCAGAACGACGUCAAGUACACCGUGUUUCAUGACCUCAUACGUUCCAUGCUAAAGGUGAACCCCGAGGAGCGGCUGUCUAUAACAGAGCUGGUGAACCAGCUGCAGGAGAUCGCUGCAGCACGCAACGUCAACCCCAAAUCGCCCGUCACUGAACUGCUGGAGCAGAACGGAGGGUUUGGAAACAACGGAGCACAGCUUCCCGUGCAGAUCCACGGCAUCCAGAACAACGCAGGUGUGUAUGAUCCGGAUCAAGCAGGAAGUGGAUUCUUAGAUAUCUUGAGGGGGGGGACGGAGCGCUUCCUGACAAACAUCAAGGAUACGUCCUCUAAAGUCAUCCAAUCAGUAGCCAGCUAUGCCAAAGGGGACCUGGAUAUUUCUUACAUCACCUCCAGAAUUGCAGUCAUGUCUUUCCCAGCAGAAGGGGUGGAGUCUGCCAUAAAGAACAACAUCGAGGAUGUCCGUCUGUUCCUGGAUUCGCGUCAUGCCGGUCACUACGCUGUUUUCAACCUCUCUAAACGAUCUUACAGGUCGUCUCGAUUCCACAACAGGGUUUCUGAGUGCAACUGGCAGGUGCGGCGUGCCCCCAACCUCCGCAGUCUGUACAAUGUCUGUAAGCACAUGCAUCAGUGGCUCAAACUGGACCAGAGGAACAUCUGCAUCGUGCACUGUCUGGACGGCCGAGCUGCAUCAGCUGUGGCGGUUUGUUCGUUCCUGUGCUUCUGCCGUCUUUUCUCCACGGCUGAAGCGGCUGUUUACAUGUUCUCGAUGAAGCGCUGCCCACCUGGUAUAGCACCUUCACACAAGAGGUACAUAGAGUAUAUGUGUGACAUGAUGGCGGAGGAGCCCAUCAUCCCUCACAGCAAACCUGUGAUUAUUCAUUCCAUCGUCAUGACGCCCGUGCCGUUGUUCAACAAGCAGCGAAACGGGUGCAGGCCCUUCUGUGAAGUUUAUGUUGGAGAAGAGAGAGUCCUCACUACUUCACAGGAAUAUGACAGGAUGAAGGAUUUUAAGAUGGAAGAUGGGAGAGCAGAGAUCCCCCUGAAUGUUACGGUCCAAGGAGAUGUCCUGGUGGUGAUCUAUCAUGCGAGAUCGACGCUAGGUGGACGUCUACAGGCAAAGAUGGCAUCCAUGAAAAUGUUCCAGAUCCAGUUUCACACAGGCUUCGUGCCGAGAAACGCAACGACCGUCAAGUUUGCUAAGUACGACCUGGACGCCUGUGACAUCCAGGAGAAGUAUCCAGAUUUGUUCCAGGUUAACUUGGACAUCGAGGUGGAACCUAGAGACCGACCCAACGCCAGGAGUCCUCCAUGGGAGGGCUUCCAAACCAAGGGCCUCAACCCCAAAAUACUCUUCUCGUCCCGGGACGAACAGCAGGAGAUCCUCAGCAAGUUCGGUAAGCCCGAGUUGCCUCGUCAGCCUGGUUCUUCUACGUUUUACGACUCAGAGUCGUCGACGCCAGCUCAGACUCCAGACAGGCUCGACUCAACGGAACCAGAAUCUCCGAUGAGCAGCGAGGCCACGGGCAACUUCUUCCAGACGCUGGACUGGGAAGACCGCCGAGGCUCUCAGGAUGCUCCAGAUUUCCAGGAAGGAGGAUCCCUGAAUGACCAGGAGGACAUGAGCGAUCAGUCGGAGGGGGAAUCUUUUUCUGCUCCCAGCUUGGACACUUUAUCGCGGGACCACAGUGAACAGCUGCUCGAUGCGGAUUUCCAGACGUCGCCUCCUGCACCUCCAGAACCUCCUCGCAGUGACACUGCUGACCUCCUGGGGUUGAAUUCUGACCCGGAUCCCCCUACCGUGUCCUCAAACUCGUCCCAGGCUCCUAAUCAAGGAGAUCAGGGAGGAAUGAAAGCGGCUUCCAGCAACGGUGAUCUCCUCAGUGACUUGUUUGCGCCCCCUGCUGGUCAGACAGGAGCAGCACAAGAGGAUUUAUUCUUCAGCGAUCCGACCAAUGGCACCACUCCAGACUCCAAACCUUUGGGUGACCUGUUUGACCCGUUUGGGGUGGGUUCUGGCUCUGGUGUUGGCUCCAGUGUCGGCUCAUCUCGACCAGCUUCUGGACCGGACCUGUUUGGAGACUUGUUGGGUUCAGAUAGUUCAGCAACUAGUGGGUUCGGCUCAGCCCACGGUGGCACCACACCCGCCUCCAACACCAGCCUCUUCAACCUCAAUAAGAUUGUCAAAGAUGCCCCGAAGAUGACGUCAUCAGCCAGUCAGCCGGACCUGCUGAGUGGGUGGGACAGCUGGGCGGCUCACACCGCCGCUGGCGUCGGCAGCACCACCAGCAAACCCAGUUCUACCAGCACAGCUCCUGGUGCGUCCAUGUCAAAGGCCAAGUCUCAGACCUUUGACCCGUUUGCAGACCUCGGUAAUCUGGGCUCUAAUCUAGCAGGUUCAUCCAGCAGUCAUUUUUCUGGGCCUGCCUUCACCUCAAAGGCUCCUCCUCCUCCUCCUCCUUCCACCUCCUCUUCCUCCUCUAGUAAGCCUCAAUCCCAGGCCUGGCAGUCUGGAAGACCCGCAGCAGCCCCGAGUAAACCUUGGAUGUCGGCGUCUGGAUCAACACCGUCCCAGCCUGCCGCUCCACCGCCCUCCAAACCCAACUACAACCUCCACUUCUCCAGUGUGAUCGGUGGGCGGGAGGAGCGGGGCGUCCGCGGGCCUGGAUUCGGCCCCAAACCAAAGGUGAAGGAGGACGACUUUGAGGACCUGCUGUCCACUCAGGGCUUCGCUUCGAGGCCGGAUAGGAAGGGACCGAGGACCAUCGCCGAAAUGAGAAAACAGGAGAUUGCAAAAGACACGGAUCCUCUCAAACUACAGCUUUUGGACUGGAUUGAGGGCAAGGAGCGAAACAUCCGAGCGCUGCUGUCCACGCUGCACACGGUGUUGUGGGAGGGCGAAACCCGCUGGAAGCCCGUGGGCAUGGCUGACCUGGUGACACCUGACCAGGUCAAGAGAUACUACAGGAAGGCUGCGCUGGUUGUCCAUCCAGAUAAGGCUACAGGUAAGCCUUACGAGCAGUACGCCAAGAUGAUCUUCAUGGAGCUGAACGACGCCUGGUCAGAGUUUGAGAACCAGGGAUCCAAAGCACUCUUCUGAACCCCCCGUGACCAAACCACAUGAGGGUUAAACUGGUCUAGAUGGGACAGGACUGGGCCCACAUUGGGUCAUUAAGCCUCUGAGAGGUGUCCUCUCCACCGCUCCCUUCUUCCUCCUUUACCUCCCCCCCGCCCCAUCCAUGCCUGGCGGUGAUGAAACAUUCCCACCGGCUCUAAGCUAACAUCGUGAUUGUUCUCGAACUCACCGCCUACCUGUGCGACUGCCUGAGUGGUGCUGCAUAAAUCGAGAGGAGGACGGGCGAUCGAGGUGAUGACUAAAACAGAAUCUUCCAUGUUGGUGGUGAGAUAGUGCUGUCUACCGGCUCGGCGGUGUAAACCGCUCAGCGUGGAAACAUGAAAGCUCGCCCAGAUGAUGGACAACAGAAGAAGAAACACCUUCUAAGUGCUGCUGCUGCACGCGUUCGGACCACCUCUACCUUCCUGAGCCGUUUCACUGCUGAACACUAGAGCUGCUGCUUUUACUGCUCCAUCCUGAAAUGUCCUUUUGGGAGUCCCGUAGGAAUCCAGUCAGGCGGUCUGUUAUUGAAGUGCUCUUCGUUCCACACUGUGCACGCUCUUCUACACCAAACCUCUCAACCGCAGCAGGUCGGCGUUCCUGACCAGGAGCAUCCAGGUUUCAGUGGCGCUGUAGCAGGACGUCUGCAGGAACAGCCACCCACCUGCCCAGUGAUCACUGCUCUUUUCUUUUCCCCAAGCAUCUCCAUCAUCGUUAAGAGUUCUGUUCUGUCUUUAAGCUCCGCCCACUUCCAGUUCACAUCACAAAGGAUACAGAAGUGUCUGGUUUUCUCACUAUUGACCUAAAAUAUCACUUCAGUGUAAAUUAUAUGAUCGUCCAUCAGGUGGCUUUGUGAAGAAUCCAGUCUGCAGGCUGGAUUGUGUGAGUGUGUGUAUGGAAGUGUAGAAGUAGGUGAGCAUCAUGCUCUCCAGCUUGUUCAUCAUCUGAUUUUCUUCUUGCUCUUUCCUGACUUUUCCUCACGGACCAAUCAAAUCACUUAGUUUCUUAUUUAUUCUUAAGUUUCGUUGAAGAUCUGAGGGUAUAUUCAUCAAAAUGAACGGCACAAGUUGAAAAUUCAUUUAAUAUAUGUAUAUAAGUGGAACGUGUGGGUCACCUUGAGCCUUUGUUGCUGUUUUCAUUCCAAAGCAUCAGAUGUUAAUAGAAUGUGCUUUUGCAGUCUGUCUGUGGUUUAGUCCUCUAACGUCUUCACUUUUCCCCUUUUUAAGGUGGAAGUGAAGUUUCUUGUGCUGUGUCUGGGGGGGGGGGUCAGAGGUGAAUUACUGAUGCUUGAGACGUGGGUCGUGGUGGUGAACACCACUCAUCAGCAGUGUUUACUGUACCAAAUGACAUCAUACUAAUAUGAAUGUAAAUUUAAAUGUAAAAAGAAAUAAAAGAACAUCUUUUGAUCUGA